AAUGAAAAUGUAAUGGUAAUGAUUUUGAUGUAUUUUUCGCAUCUUCAGUAUGUAAUAGUUUCCUGUUGCUAUGGUAAGCAGUAUGCUUAACAAACUCAUAACUUAUCCUUUAUUUCCUGUCUUGGAGAAGGAUACAACGUAGUCCCCAAGCCAAAAACUUGAGAGCCAUCCUAGAAUCUGCCCUUUGCUUCCAGUUGAUCACCAAGUCCUAUCAUUAUUUGUUAAACCGUUAAUAGAUUCUCAUGGAGAACUGUUAUUGAGAAGAGAUCCAUUUGUUGGGAUGUAAUAAAAAAAAGAAUGAAUCAAGAUAAAACCUCUAAAUGCAAGUACCAGAAAAAUUACAACACAUCUCAGUGAAUUUGCAAGUGGAUCAUCUUUCCUUGUGGGUUGGCAGCAGUUGUAGGACUGCAAAAUGGGUCUCCGGAUUCACUUUGUUGUUGACCCACAUGGUUGGUGCUGCAUGGGUUUGAUUGUCUUUGUCUGGUUAUACAAUUUUUUUUUAAUUCCCAAAAUUGUCCUCUUUCCUCACUAUGAAGAAGGACAUAUUCCAGGCAUAUUAAUAAUAAUAUUCUAUGGCAUUUCCAUAUUUUGUCUGGUUGCCUUAGUGAGGGCCUCAAUAGCUGAUCCAGGAAGACUCCCUGAGAACCCUAAGAUCCCACAUGGAGAAAGGGAGUUCUGGGAAUUAUGUAACAAAUGUAAUUUGAUGAGACCAAAGCGUUCGCAUCACUGCAGCCGCUGCGGCCACUGUGUUAGGAGAAUGGAUCAUCACUGUCCAUGGAUUAACAAUUGUGUUGGUGAAGAUAAUCAUUGGCUUUUUCUGCAGUUGUGUUUCUACACUGAACUUCUUACUUGCUACGCACUGAUGUUUUCUUUCUGCCACUAUUAUUACUUUCUUCCACUAAAAAAGCGUAACUUGGACCUCUUUGUUGUUAGACAUGAAUUGGCCAUAAUGAGACUAGCUGCCUUUAUGGGCAUUACUAUGUUAGUUGGAAUAACUGGACUCUUUUAUACUCAACUAAUUGGCAUCAUCACAGAUACAACAUCUAUUGAAAAGAUGUCGAACUGUUGUGAAGAAAUAUCGAGGCCCCGAAAGCCAUGGCAGCAGACCUUCUCAGAAGUUUUUGGCACUCGUUGGAAGAUCCUGUGGUUUAUUCCUUUCAGGCAGAGGCAACCACUGCGAGUUCCCUACCACUUUGCCAAUCACGUCUAAACAGAUGGAUGGUGGGCACAGAUGGGUCCUCCAUGCUGGAAAUGCGUUACAGGUUUUCUGAUAAUAGAACUAUGACAGUCUUCAAGUCAAUUAAAAUCCACCCACCAAUCUUAGGCAUCAUAAUGUGCCCCAGGCUUUAUUUUAAUAGUGAUCUUGAUCCUGUUGUGGGACUAAUAAAAGAUCUAUAUUUAAGUUUUAAAGCAUGUUUACUUUCAAAUUAGCGUUCCACAGGGAUUUCUUUAAAUGCUUUUGUUAUUAAACUCGAAAGGCAGUGAUUGGGAUGAAAUAAUUGUACAUAAUUUCUUUUAGUACUGAUAAUGUUACAGAUUUUAAUUUAUGGGAAAUUUCAGAUGUUUAUUUAAAUUUUUCACUCUUAAGCAGUAUUAACCAAAUCUGAAUUUAAUUCUUCAGGUUUUACAAAAGUUGAUACACCUUAUAUGUAAAUUUUCUUUUUCAAAUAGAAUUUAAAAUACAUAAUACUUCCUUUUAUAUGUGCUGCAGGAUUUUUUAAAAUGCAGCAUAGGAUUGAACAACAGCAAAACAAAAACAACAACAAAAAAAGGGCAGUGCUUUCUUAGAAGUAGCUUUCUAAUGUUGUCUCUUUUUCUCUUCACCAAAAACAAAAUAAAAACACCACUAAAAUAAAACACCAACUACCUACCUUAUUUUAAAGGAAAGAUUAAAAUUUUUUUCACAUUAACUCUCCCGUUUGUUUUCCCUGUACCAUUGUAAUUAUUGAUGGUUGUUCAAAUAUUUGCUCCAAGGAGAAAUUUUUGACCAAAUGGGCAUGUAUUCCUAUUUUACCCCAAGAUUUUGAUGAGCAAAAAGGGUAGAGAAUUUGCAGUAACUCCACAGAUACCUUUUCCAGUGCAGUUAUAUUAGAAUGUGUAUGUUUUAAAAUGCUAGUAUAACUAGAUAAUACACAAUGUACAGUAUAAAGAGGAAUAUUGUGCUUUUGAAAAAAUAUAUAUACUUUUUACUUUUAUGUUCCUACUAGUAGAUCUAAAAUUAUACAUGGAAGGUUUAUAUAUAAUAGAUAUUGGCCAACUAAUAUUGAAAUUUUAUUUAUAGUAAAAGUAAGUCAGUAACUUUUGUGUGCCUGUAGUGACCCAAAUUGAAAUUAAAUUUUAAUUGGCCAACUAUAAUUUGGAUUGAGAGACCUUUUGUUAGUAGCUAAUGUUAGGGAAUGACCUUAAAAAUAAGAAAAUAUAAUGAUCUAGAGUUAUCAUUAGCUUUAUACAAAUUUAAACUGCUAAUAGUGAUGGUCUCUUGGAAAGCAUAGAAUGUUUGUGUGAAAAGACAUUUAGCAUGCUUUGAAAAAAAUUCAGCUUUUAAAUUUUUUCCGUUAGAAUACUGCAAAAUCCAUAUAUCUUUUAAAGAUAUUUAUGUACUCACAGUCUUUCCCUUGAAGAGAAGAUUGAAGAGGUCUACUGUUCUUGGAGCAUAUCAGUAUUUUCCUUUUAGUUAGUUUGGAUAGUAAGGAAUCAUACCUAAGAAAUCAUGAAACAGAAGGUUACCAUUGUCAGCCAAUUAACUAUACUGUGGUUAGUUCUUUCAGAAAUUGUAAAUAUCUUCUAAAAUAAUGGAAUAAGCUCUUCUCAGAGAUAUAAGUACCAUGUCUUUCAUGUUCUGAUUACAAUGCUUUAUUAUUUAAGCACUUACAAGUGGCAGAUGAAAAUAUUUAUUGGUGCCGAUAAGAUGCAUAGUAAAUUUAAUAUGAGAAAUAUAUUUAUAGAGCUUAAUGAACCACAAAAUUAGUAUGUUUGUGUCAGGCACAUGGGUUGGGUUUUGUGCAAGCUAAUGUACUGACCAAUUUGGUCUGGUGGCAGAACUGCUAUAAAGAAGCAAUGUAGAGAUAAUAUAGAUAACUAUCAGUUGAAUGCCUUAUGUUGUAUACAUUCCUUUCAAAUGAGCACCUUGAGAAAACAGCAAAGCCAAGUGACAACACCCUAAAGAGCUUUAUGGACGUAUUUAUACUUCAUAUAUUAGCCGGAGCUACCUUUGAAAAGUACCUGGGAGG